AAAAAAGUUAUCUUAAAAACGCCGGCAUGGCCGCUCUUCGAGACUCUCUGUGCGUAUCUAGCUAUGUAACAUGUAACGUGAUGAUCUUGGCCGAAUGAUGUCCGCGGCAUCGCGGAGAUGACCGUCUCGAUCGCCGGUGAGUGACGUCCAGUGUCAAGAUGUGAUUGACACUCGCGCGGUUUCGAAGCAGUCGCGACGAGCCUGUAUCUUAUUCCUUCUUCCAUCUCUGAGCGUCGAGCGUGCGGAGAGGUGUCCGGCGAUAAGCCGCACGAAAGCCCGGGAUCAAUGGCGGUCGCGGCGAAUUCCUUCGACGCCUGGCUCAGCAAGAAAUUGCAGGCCCUCAAUACGGACGAGGGUGUCUUUGGUACAUACAUCAAGGGCAUUCUCGAAAGCGACGAGCCCGAGGACGAGAAAACCGAGGCUCUCGAGAGCAUACUCGCGGGCAUAACGGAGGAUAAUAUCAGCAAACAUGUAGCAGAAAUCUUAAGCGCAUGGGCAGAGUGGUUGCCAGCUAAAGAUUUAACUACGGCAUCUGCACCAACGGAAGAUGUCGAUGUCAGAUUAGCUAAGAUGUUGGAAUCACAGAGUCUACCUACAACAACACAGAAGAGCUAUACAGAGGAAGAGAGACGAAUACGGGAAGCUAUACUAGCACAAUAUAGUCAAAUGUCUGAUGAAGAUAAUAGUGAAGGAGAUGGGGAAGAAGAAGGGGCUGGUGGUGGAGACUGUGGAAUCGAAAAGAAUUUAAACGCAGCAACUAUUGUACAACAAGAAAGAGAAAAAAGAGAAAAGGCCAAACUUGAAAGCCAAAAAAAGAAAGAAAAAGAUAAAGAAGACAGAGAAAAGCAAAAACAAUUGAAAGAAGAAAAAAAAGAGAAAAGAAAAACUCAAAAAGGAGAGAGACGAAGGUAGCAUCGAAACAAAAGCAAUGCAAAAUUUACCUCAAAAUUACUGAAUACAUAUAUGCUGCUGUAUUCGUAUACAUCUAUCCUUAUUGUCGUGCAUGCAACGAUCUCCGACAGUUAUUUAAACCAGUCAUCUUAUAUUUUCAUUAGAAGAAUAUAUGUGUAGUACCCAUGUCGUUAGAAGACGAAUUUGUAGACUCAAUAUGAAUGCAUUCAUCACAAA